AUGUUUUUAAUGUUAGUUCUAGCUUUGAUUGGGGUCAUUGCAGUGUGUCUAGUCCUAGUAGAUUCCCUGUGGAGUGUUUUGGAGCUGGUGACAUCGUACCUGAUGCCGUAUUUCCUUCCAGCUGAGGAACAGUCGUUGGUGAAGAAAUAUGGACCGUGGGCCGCGGUGACAGGCGCGACCGAUGGCAUCGGAAAGCAGUACGCCAUCGAGCUAGCGCGGCGAGGUCUAAACCUGGUGCUCAUCAGCCGCAACGUCGAUAAGCUACGAGCUUGCGCUGCGGAAAUCGAGAAGGAGCACAACGUGAAGACGAAGGUCAUCGUGGCGGACUUCAGCCGCGGUCCUGAGAUCUACAAGCACAUAGAGGAAGAACUCGGGGAUCUACCACUCGGCAUAUUAGUAAACAAUGUGGGAAUCCAGUACGAUUACCCGAUGCCACUAUGCGAGGUGCCUUUGUCGAAGGCGUGGGAGGUGAUAAUGGUGAACAUUGGUUCGGUGACGGCCCUCACGCGGUUGGUCCUGCCGGGAAUGACGGCGCGCGGCGUGGGCGCAGUCGUCAACAUUUCCUCAGGGUCAGAGUUGCAGCCGCUGCCGCUUAUGACUAUUUACGCUGCUACAAAAGCAUACAUACGCAGCUUUACAUUGGCUAUACGCGAAGAAUAUGCGGGUAGCGGGGUUCAUAUCCAGCACGUGGCACCUUUAUACGUAUCGACGAAGAUCAACGCGUUCUCGCAACGCCUGUUGGACGGCAACUUGCUUGUACCCGACGCUGCCACGUACGCGCGGCACGCAGUCGCCACUCUCGGGCGCGUGCGCAACACCACCGGCUACUGGCUUCACGGAAUCCAGACGUUCUUCAUAAAGAUGGCUCCGGAACCUGCCCGCAUCAAGAUCGGGAAGCAUAUGAACGAGCAGUUCCGCCAAGAAUACCUUAUCAACAACAAAAUCAAGUCACAAUAAAGACAUUAAACAGGCAGAAGAUACAACUCUGUGCCUGGUAGCAAAAUACUUGUAUCUUUACCAUAAUUAUACACGGUUAUUUGUAACACAUACGCAACCUCGCAGGACUAUAGCUUUUGAACCGUCACUUUUAACAAAAUUUACUAAAAAUAAGUUUUUGUUGUAGGUAAUAUUUGACACUUUUUAAGUCUAUAUUUUUUAGUAACGUAGUAAGUUUAAACUUACAAUGAGGUACAAUUAGGUUGUGGAAUGAAAUGGCGGGGUUUUCCCGCAGGAAUACACAGCAUAGAGUCCUUCAAAAGGGGUUUGAGAAGGGUCCUAAAGGGUUGGCAACGCGUACGUGACGCCUCUGGUGUUGCCGGCGUUUAUAGGCGACGGUGACUGCUUUCCAUCAAGAGGUUAUAUGUUUGUUUGCUGCCCACUUAAUAUAAAAAAAACAAAAACUUGCGAGCGGCCUCCCCGAUAUACUCCACCCUGUGUUUUGCAUAAAUAAAAUUAAUAAUCACCGUUUAGAUAUUUUUAUUUUGAAUGCAUGAAAGUAGAAUGUAAUGGAUUAUUAAAUGGAAUAAAAGUUGUUGUUUAUGAUGAACAAAGGUUGUUAGUAUCUUACAAAUAACCCAGUAUAAUAACUACAUCUGGUACUAAAACUUUAAGGUAUGAACGUGUCAUAAACACAGAACAAAUCUAGCUUCAUUUCAUUCCACUUGCAAAGCUAUCGUCGUUGCUAGAAAAAAAUAUGUAAAAAAAAGCAAUGCAGUACAAAUACUCUAUGGGCGCACAAGAACAUAUAAAAAACAAACAAGAGACAGAGUACAACAGGCGGCAAUGUUCAUUAUUUAC